GCGACCGUGCAGUCCGAAAGCGUCUGGGAACCUCAUAUCCCUGGGUUGGCGUUUCUUCCUGUUUUUAGGCCACGGUCCCAGUUACCCGGAACGUUCAAGAGGACGGACCGGAGAGGUUGUCUGAAGGCCGAGGCCAAGAUGGCGGCGCUGCUGGCCUCCAGCCUGCCGUGUGUCCGCGCCCUCGGCUUGCGGGUGGGCACGGGGGCGGCACUGCAGGUGCGCAGCGUCCAGCAGAGUGUGGCCGUGGAGGGCCCAAGCAGCACCCAGCCUGCCGUGCCCAAGCCAGGAGCUGUUGCCCCCAAGCCCCCCGCGCUGCCCCGAAGCCGUGGCGAGUAUGUGGUGGCCAAGCUGGACGACCUCAUCAACUGGGCACGCCGGAGCUCACUGUGGCCCAUGACGUUCGGCCUGGCCUGCUGCGCUGUGGAAAUGAUGCACAUGGCGGCGCCACGCUAUGACAUGGAUCGCUUCGGUGUGGUCUUCCGCGCCAGCCCGCGCCAGGCCGACGUGAUGAUCGUGGCCGGCACACUCACCAACAAGAUGGCCCCGGCACUGCGCAAGGUGUACGACCAGAUGCCGGAGCCCCGCUAUGUCGUGUCCAUGGGCAGCUGUGCCAAUGGCGGUGGGUAUUACCACUACUCAUACUCGGUGGUGAGGGGCUGCGACCGCAUCGUGCCCGUGGACAUUUAUGUGCCAGGCUGCCCACCCACGGCCGAGGCCCUGCUGUACGGCAUCUUACAACUACAGCGCAAGAUAAAGAGGGAGAAACGACUCAAGAUCUGGUACCGCAGGUAGCGCUGCAGCUGCUGCUGCCGCUGGAGCCAGCCUGUCCGAGCACCCCAAUAAAGCUGGUUGGACGCCUGCA